CAAAAAGAGCGUCUUCGAGUUCGACCGCGAGGGGCGAGCCAUAUCAAGUGUAAAAAUGUCUGGGUCUGGAAGAAUGCAUGUUUGUCAUGCUUGUCUGGCAUAACUCUUAAAUCUGUCAUGCACGUUACCCAAGAGCUCCAUUUUUCUGUGAUGCAGAAACGCAGUUUGUCAUGCAGAAUAGGCAACACCUAGAAGCUCAGAAACUUGUCAUGCUGAGCCAGCAUUUGUGGCCUCAUCAUGAGACGCCACCGAGCAUCACAAGUUUCCAGACCCAGACAUUUUUGCAUUUGAUAGCUUUUCUGCAGGUACAGUUGCCACACAUCAUUCCAUAUCGAAUGCAAAAAUGUCUGGAUCUGGAAGGUUUCAACUUGUAAUGCUGUCUGUGGAUUCCAAAAAAAUCUGUGUUGCAUGCCGCAGCAAGAGGAGCCCAGUUUGUGCUCCGCGGAGAGGGCAUUUCUCAUGCAGAAUAGGCAUCAUGAAGCCCUCGAAAAAUUAAAAUCUGCGAUGCUACGUCAUGCAUUACAGGUCUCAUUGGUCCUGCUGAGCAGUCGGGAACAACAGGGCAGGACUCC